CUCAGUCUGACUAAAUUCUAAUAUUUUAGUUUUAUUCGAGUAAUGAUCGAAGGGAUUGGGAAUGAAGUUCUAUUUGGUAUUUUCUUGUUACUAUUCCUAAUUCCAGUUUUAUUCUACCUAAUAUAUAAAAGAAGAAACAACAUUGAUGUUCACCCGUUAAAUAUAAACAAUAUAAAUCGAAUAAGACAAUAUGUGAAAUUGUCAAAUUUAAAUCAAGAAGUGAUACAACCAAAUCUUGAUCACGAACAUAAUGAAAUAUUACCAUUAGAAUCAAAUGAUCAUCUCAAUCAAAAUAAUAUUCUUAAUGAUGAUGGAACACCACUUGAUGAUAGAAUCCUAAGACCUCCAAAUUUUAGAAGAUAUUAUAGUGACUCUCAAUGCCCUAUAUGUUUAGGCAAUUCUAACUUCCCUGUUGAGACAAAUUGUGGUCAUAUGUUUUGUGGAAAAUGUUUGACGCUUUACUGGCUACAUGGUCGAUGGGGUUUAUCAGCUAUGUCAUGUCCAGUAUGCAGACAAACAAUUACACUUAUAAUUCCAUGUUUUCCCACAAUAAAUGACGAAACAGAUGUAAGCAAUGUCGAAAAAGAAAAAGUUACUGCUGAAAUUAAUAAAUAUAAUAGACGCUUCUCAGAUAGCCCACGAUCGAUUAUGGACUACAUCCGUGAUUUACCUGUCCUCUUACGUCACGCUAUAGGCGAAUUCUUUUCGGUAUCGGGUUUGGCUUUCGUGUUUCGUGCCCGCAUGGUUCUUUGUUUCUUGGGAGCCGCUCUAUAUCUCCUUUCGCCUUUUGACGCACUGCCCGAGGCUGUUUUCGGAAUUUUGGGAUUUCUUGAUGACGCCGUUGUCUUACUUCUCGUCGCGGUUUAUGCUACUGUAGCCUAUCGACAAACCCUGACGGCUAGACAAAACUCGCAGGAUAAUUCAGAAUCCCCUACUGAAAAUAAUUUUGACCAAGACAGUCUCUCGCUCAUCAAUAAUUUCCAUGGCGGUGAUAACUUGGAUCGACUUAACCCUGACCCUUUCAAUAGGUAUCUGUUUGAAUCGUCCGCUGAGCCGAGUGGAUCGGAUGAAAAUGGAAACGAUCUCCUAAGAUGGUUUUGGGGUCACGUGGGCAGUCAUAUAGCCAGCGCUAACGAUCGAUACGGAUACGAUGAUACUACCUAAAUUUGUUGUGAUUUGAAUUUGAGCUAUGGUGAAGGGAACCGAAAGAUUCUCAACAUUCAUUCUUAAUAUUUUUCCCCAAAGCUGUGAAAAAUUAUGUAUUAAUUUGUGACGCUACAUAAUAAAAAAAUAUUUAUAUUCGUUUACAUUCAUAAUUUCCUUUCGAACACAAUUGGAAAUUAUAAUAAUUUUAAUUUAUGAGUUUUAUUUAGAAUUAUAUGCUUACAAAAAAGAUUAGGUUUUUUUAAAAUUAAAAUGAUCGAUUAAAUUUCAAAAUACGCACAAAUAUAAUAUUCAAAAAUAUUGUUGAUUAUUUUUAUACAUUCAAAUUUAAAAUAAUGCAAAACAAUAUUUAGUUUGAUUUUCAAUCAAAUUAUGAUAUCAGAAAUAUUUCUCAUCGUCAUCAUCCUUUCUUU